AUGGCGAUGGCAAAGGAUGUUAAUGUCCCAACAAUUACAAUAACAUUAUCAUCACAACGGAAAUCGGAUGUUUUAUUAGAACAAGAUGCCGGAUUUAAUCCACCAGAAUACACAUCUUCAAAUACACGAGAAGAAUUCCACACAAAUUCAACGAUUGCAACGACGAACGAAGAUAAUAAUUCAUCAUUGACUUAUCCAUCACGGGCUCAUAUACCUCCAUCUUCCACACCAACAGACUUACCAACAUAUGAUCAUGCUACAGUUGACAUGCCACCAAGUUAUCAAUCUCCAAAAUCACCGACUCUUGAAGUUUAUCAUGUUCUUUAUGAUCAAGAACCUUGGCCAAUAACUAAAAAGUUAUAUUUCCUUGGAUUUAUCUUUUGGCCUCUUUGGUUUAUUGGAAUGGGAUUCAGUAUGUUUGGUCGUCAUAAUAGCACAAAGAUGUGGGGACGUCGUUGUGCUUGGAAUUCUCUUGUAAUAAUCGUCUUAUUCAUUUAUCUUGUUGUUGCUUACACAAGAACUGGCGGUCGUUUAAGAUAA